AUGAUUUGUUCUUAUGAUUUAUGUAACACAUUGAUAAGUUUAGAUUCCUUAAUGGAAGGACUGACAAUAUAAUGUUUAUGGUGUCCAAAUGCUUUUUAUUGUUGUGAAAUUUGUCGAAUUUCAGAUAGCAAACAUUAAGAAUUAUGUGGAGGGAUAGAGCAGGCAGUUAUAGUAGACAAAUAAAGUGUUAUAAAAGAAAUGCAAUUACUAGAAUAAAUAGGAUAAGGGAGUUUUGGAACAGUGCAUAAAAUAUAAAUACAAGGACAAUUGUAUGCUCUAAAGAAGAUGAAUAAGAAUUAAUGUUCGAAGGAGGUAAGAAUUCAUAAGCAUUUGAAUCAUAAAAACAUAAUUUAGUUUCAUUAUUUCAUAGAAGAUGACGAUUAUAUAUAUAUAGUUAUGGAAUAUGCAUCUAAAGGCACAUUAACAUAGAAUAGAGAGAAUUGCAAUUUUUACAACAUCUUUAUAUAAUUAUGCGAAGCUACUAUGUAUCUUCAUGAAAAGGGUAUAAUCCAUAGAGAUUUGAAACCUGACAAUAUUCUAUUGGACAAAAAUGGGAAUCCUAAAAUUUGUGAUUUUGGCUUAGCUACUUAUGAAAGUGUAAUAAGUAGUUUUUCGGGAACAUUUGAAUUUAUGGCACCAGAAGUUAUUAAGAAUCUACCUCAAACUCAGAAAGUUGAUGUGUGGUCAUUAGCUGCUAUAUUAUACUGGUUGCUCGAAAACAAACCAUUAGUAUAAGGCAAUUAGAUUGAGAAGAUGCAGUAAAUUCUUGAUUUUAAGUCACCUUAAUUUACAAAAAUAACAAAUCCUUAAAUUCAAGAUCUAUUAAAUCAGAUGCUAGUCCCUGAUCCUGAUGAGAGAAUUUCAUUGCAAGGUGUGCUAAAUAAUAAAUGGAUAGAAAACAUAGAUAGAGUAGAGAAAGAAAUUAAUGAUAUUUCCACAUAACCAAGUCUUUAAAGACAACAAUAAAUAGAAAUCCAAUAAUAAAUGUAAAAUCAAAAUGUUAGCAUUUUGUAAAAAGUUAUAUCGCUUUUUCGUUGUGGAGGGAGAGAGAAACAAUUUUGA